ACUCAAAUGAAAUCAACGAUCUCAACCGGUCAGUCAUAUUCUUCUCGCAACCUCCUUCUCCUCUCUCUCUUCCCGGCCACACUCUGGGAUCAUUCCUCGGCCAAUAAAUAACGGCGGUCUACGGCGAAGAGAGAGAGUGCGGCGGCACUACAUCGACACUCUACAUGUUUUAACAAAAUCCACCAUCUUCUUUCUCUCUCUUCACAUAUCAUCGUCGUCAAAUCUCACUUCUCUAUUUUUCCCAAUUAUGAAACCCUAAUUCUUUGAUUUAUUCUUCAAUACUUUGAACCAUACACACUCUUCCACGCUUCACGUAAUGCAGAAACAGAUUCAGUAGUAUAAAUCGAAGAUUAUCGAUUGAGAAUUUGAAAAAAAUGGCGGAAUUAGGGCAACAAACGGUGGAUUUUUCGACACUUGUGAGUCGUGCAGCGGAAGAUUCGUUCAUCUCUCUCAAGGAAUUGGUGGAGAAAUCUAAGUCUUCGGAUAUGUCUGAUUCGGAGAAGAAGAUUAAUCUUCUCAAGUUUAUUGUCAAGACUCAGCAGCGUAUGUUGCGUCUCAAUGUCCUCGCUAAAUGGUGUCAGCAGGUCCCGUUGGUACAGUAUUGUCAACAACUUGCGUCUACUCUAUCAAGUCAUGAUACUUGUUUCUCACAAACUGCGGAUUCACUAUAUUUUAUGCAUGAAGGGCUGCAGCAAGCACGUGCACCUAUGUAUGAUGUGCCGUCAGCAAUUGAAGUCCUUCUUACUGGAUCUUAUGAGCGUUUGCCUAAAUGUAUAGAAGAUGUGGGCAUGCAAAGUUCUUUAAAUGAAGUUCAACAGAAGCCAGCUUUGAGAAAGCUGGACAUUCUUGUGCGUUCGAAGUUGCUUGAGACCACACUUCCAAAGGAGAUAUCUGAGGUUAAAGUUUCAGAUGGUACAGCUCUUUUACGCGUAGAUGGUGAAUUUCAGGUGCUCGUUACUCUUGGUUAUAGAGGUCACCUGCAUUUAUGGCGGAUAUUACACAUGGAGCUUCUUGUUGGUGAGAGAAGUGGGGCUAUAAAGCUUGAAGAGUUGAGACGAUUCGCUCUGGGCGAUGAUUUAGAGCGAAGAAUGGCUGCAGCAGAUGAACAACAAAAUCCAUUUAUGAUAUUGUAUUCAGUGCUGCAUGAGUUUUGCGUGGCGCUGAUUAUGGAUACUGUUAUAAGACAGGUCCAUGCUCUUCGUCAGGGAAGAUGGAAAGAUGCGAUUAAGUUUGAACUUAUCUCUGAUGGCAGCACAACGCAAGGAGCCAGUACUUCAUCCACGCAACUAAGUCAAGAUGGAGAGUAUGAGGCAUCUGGUCAGCGCACUCCAGGGGUGAAGAUUGUUUACUGGUUGGAUUUAGAUAAGAACUCUGGUACAUCUGAUGGCGGAGCAUGCCCGUUCAUCAAGAUUGAACCAGGUCCUAAUCUGCAGAUCAAAUGUAUUCAUAGUACUUUUGUUAUAGACCCAUCAACAGGAAAGGAGGCCGAGUUUUACUUGGAUCUGAGCUGCAUUGACGUGGAAAAGUUGUUGUUAAAAGCUAUACGUUGCAACAGAUACACACGUUUACUUGAAAUUAAUAAAGAGCUUACUAAGAAUUGUCAAAUCUUUCGAGGUGAUGGUGAUGUCCUCCUACAUUGUAACAAGGAUGAAACAGAAGUGGACCAUAAGAAGAAAGAUGCAGGGUCCAUUGCAAAGGAGUCAGAUGGGCAAGAAGUACUAUUUGUGCGUGCUUAUGGUUCAUCAUUUUUCAUUUUGGGAAUAAACAUAAGAAAUGGACGUUAUCAGCUACAAUCAUCCAGAAAUAUCAUAACUCCAUCAGUAUUAUCAGAUUCUGAGGAAAUUCUAAACCAGGGAUCUCUCAGUGCAGCUGAAAUUUUCGUUAAUUUGCGGAGCAAAUCCAUUUUGCACUUGUUUGCUUCUAUUGGCAAGUUUUUGGGGCUUGAGGUUUUUGAAAAUGGUUUCUCUUCGGUGAAGGUUCCAAAAGAUAUCUUAAUUGGUGCAAGCUUUUUGCUGAUGGGAUUUCCUGACUGUGGCAGCUCUUAUUUUUUGCUUAUGCAAUUGGACAAGGAAUUUAAAAUUGUCUUUGAACUAGUUGAGAAACAGCCAGAACCUGGCAAGUCUAGCAACUUUAUUGUUGGGCGUGUUAAGAAAAUUGAUGUAGGUCAGAUGCAGAUGCUUGAAGAUGAAAUGAAUUUGAGCAUUCUUGAUGUGAGAAAAGUGGGAGCUUUUAUGCCUGGAGCUGUGAUCCCCAAUCAGUCUUCUGAUUAUGGUCUGCUGUCUAAUUUUGGUCAUGAUGGGUUGAUGUCUGUUACUCUUUGUCCACCUUCAAGUUUUUCCUCUGUCGUAGAUGAAGUCUUUGAGCUUGAGAAGGGAACUUCCGGACCUUACUCUGUUCCUAAUAUUUCUUCAUCAAUUAGUACAUCUGCUGCUCAUUUGGGCUCUCUGCCUCUGAAUCUUCCUUCCUCUAAAGUUGGAACUGUCUCACCAAAACGGGAGGGAAAUGCCCAAUUGUCGCACAUUAAUCCUGCUGUCAAAUUUUCAACCCACUAUAAUGGUUCUCUAUAUCAAGGUGCCCAUGUCAAAGGAUUAAGCCAGUCAUCUUCUGUUAGUUCACUACCUUUUUCCCAGCAGAGGCACAAUGCUAUGCAGAAACUUUCAGUCUCCAAGUCAGAGCAGGACCUUGCUUCUCUUAGGUCACCACAAUCAGUGGAAGUUAGUUCAUUUAGGUCAAUGGAUGAAGAUCAUCCAAGAUUUACUAAUGAACAAUCACGAGAUGUAAUCUCUGGUAGAUCAUUGCGACUUUCCUCUCUACAGUCAGCUGUUGCUCGUGUUUCAGUGUCAGAUGCUAAUGGAACUGCUGUAAAAUCAUGGGCUACAACUCCCGUAUAUGCAGGUUGUAGAACUGUUUCUGAACAUGACAAGGAUUCUAAAAAAAGGAAGGUUUCAGAUAUGCUGAAUUCUUUACCAUUGCUUCGGGGUCUUGCUGAUGGAGCCUCUAAGCGGAGGAAAGUAUCAACUGACCAGCCUUCAGUUUAUUCUGCUAUCUCGUCAAAUACAAUUUGUAAUCCUGAAGGAUAUACUUAUGGUAAUCUCUUAGCUGAUGCAAACAAGGGAAAUGCACCUUCAGGUGUAUACAUAUCGGCACUUCUCCAUGUUGUUAGACAUUGCUCUCUUUGCAUCAAGCAUGCCAUGCUAACUAGUCAGAUGGAGGCUCUAGACAUUCCAUUUGUUGAAGAAACAGGUCUAAAUGCGUUUGUGAACAUUUGGUUCAGACUACCAUCUGCUAGAGGAAAUUCAUGGCCACACAUCUGCUUGCGACUUGGAAAACCAGGAAGCUUGUGCUGGGAUGUAAAGAUCAAUGAUCAACAUUUUAGAGACCUGUGGGAACUUCAGAAAGGAAGCAGUAAUACACCGUGCGGAAGUGGUGUUCGCAUAGCUAAUACAUCUGAUGUAGACUCGCAUAUCCGGUAUGAUUCUGAAGGAGUCAUUCUUAUUUACAGUUCAGUUGAAGUGGAUAGCAUUAAGAGGCUUGUAGCAGACAUCCAUAGACUCUCCAAUGCAAGACUGUUUGCUCUUGGAAUGCGAAAAUUGCUAGGUGUGAAGACAGAAGAGAGGCUAGAGGAAGGUGCCAAUUCUGAUUGCAAACCUUUAAAUGGAGCUAAGGGCUCUACUGAAGGAGUAGGCAAAUUCUCUGAACAAAUGAGGAGGACAUUCAGGAUUGAAGCAGUUGGGCUCUUGAGUCUCUGGUUUAGUUUUGGUUCUGGGGUUCUGGCUCGAUUUGUUGUUGAGUGGGAAUCUGGUAGAGAAGGAUGCACAAUGCAUGUUUCUCCAGAUCAGCUUUGGCCUCAUACCAAGUUUCUUGAGGAAUAUAUAAAUGGAGGUGAAGUUGCAUCCCUGUUGGACUGCAUUCGCCUCACUGCUGGACCUUUACACGCACUUGCUGCAGCAACUAGACCUGCUCGAGCUGGGCAGCCUGCCAUUGUUCCAGGAGCUGGCUCCACUAUACCAGCUUCAUCCCGACAAGGAACUUAUGUUUCAGCUCAAGGGAUUCCUCCUAGUAGUGUGUCACCAAAUGUAGGCCAGGGAGCUGCUAGUUCUGCUGGAAUUUCUGUUUCAUCUGCGGCUACUGCUGCUCUUGGGAAUCAUGCAGGUGUCAUGUUGGCUGCUGCUGGCAGGGGUGGGUCAGGCAUUGUUCCCAGCUCAUUGUUGCCUAUUGAUGUUUCUGUUGUUCUACGGGGGCCUUAUUGGAUAAGAAUAAUAUACCGGAAACAUUUUGCAGUUGACAUGCGGUGCUUUGCAGGAGAUCAGGUCUGGCUUCAGCCGGCUACACCGCCAAAAGGGGGCCCUUCUGUUGGAGGGUCAUUGCCCUGCCCUCAGUUCAGACCUUUUAUCAUGGAACAUGUUGCUCAGGAACUGAAUGGUUUGGAACCUAAUUUCGUUGGUGGACAGUUGACUGUUGGGUUGUCGAGUUCCAACAAUCUGAACCCUGGUUUAAGUCCACCUCUAGCUACUGUUAAUGGAAGCAGAGUUACUCUUCCAGGUGCUUCUGGACUCUCUAGGCCAGGAAACCAAGUUUCUGGUGUGAAUCGUGCUGGAAAUUCCCUUUCAGUCCCUUCAAACAUAGCUGCAGUUGGUGCAGGAUUGGCUUUACGGAGACCUCCUGCUGCAGGUGGGGCUGCUCAUGUUAAAGGAGAAUUGAAUACUGCUAUUAUAGGCUUAGGUGACGAUGGUGGAUAUGGUGGUGGGUGGGUUCCACUUGUUGCCCUGAAAAAGGUUCUUAGAGGAAUUUUGAAGUAUUUAGGGGUUUUGUGGCUCUUUGCGCAGCUACCUGAUCUUUUAAAGGAGAUCCUUGGUUCAAUUUUAAAAGAAAACGAAGGGGCAUUAUUGAAUUUGGAUCAGGAGCAGCCAGCUUUGCGCUUUUUUGUGGGGGGCUAUGUGUUUGCUGUUAGUGUUCAUAGAGUUCAGCUUCUUCUGCAAGUUUUGAGUGUGAAGCGGUUCCAUAAUCAGCAGCAGCAACAGCAGCAGAACCCUGCCUCUGCCCAAGAAGAAUUAACACAAUCUGAAAUAAGUGAGAUAUGUGACUAUUUCAGCCGGCGUGUGGCAUCAGAGCCGUAUGAUGCUUCUCGUGUAGCAUCAUUUAUAACUCUUCUUACGUUGCCAAUUUCAGUUUUAAGAGAGUUUUUGAAACUUAUAACAUGGAAAAAAGUAAUGUCCCAAUCACAAGGCGGAGACGUGGCACCUGCUCAAAAACCUCGUAUUGAACUAUGCCUUGAAAAUCAUGCUGGUUUGAAUAUGGAUGGAGUUUCGGGAAAUUUAUCUGCCACUAAAAGUAAUAUCCACUAUGAUCGGCCCCACAACUCAGUUGAUUUUGCUCUAACUGUUGUUCUUGAUCCUGCUCACAUACCCCAUAUUAAUGCUGCUGGUGGUGCUGCUUGGUUACCCUAUUGCGUGUCGGUGAGAUUAAGAUACUCCUUUGGAGAAGCACCAACAGUUUCCUUUCUUGGUAUGGAAGGAAGCCAUGGAGGCCGUGCUUGUUGGUUGAGAGUUGAUGAAUGGGAAAUAUGCAAACAGAGGGUGGCUCGUGCCAUAGAAGUUCCUGGAUCUUCACCUGCAGAUAUUGCUCAAGGGAGGCUAAGAUUAGUUGCUGAUAAUGUCCAAAGGGCAUUGCACUUGUGUUUGCAGGGAUUAAGAGAUAAUACUGGUGUUGGAGUUCCAGGAACUUCUGGAGCUACAUGAAACAUUCCAGAUUUCUUUUUUAUCAUUCUUUUACCUCCCUUUUGUAUUUUUUUGGAUCUAUAGUUUUGGUUUAAGAAAAUUAGAUGGAGCAAGAGUGAAGAAAAUGGUUCAACUGUUGAUGAUCAAGCUAGCAGGUUCUUUAGACCUCAAUGCAAACAGAUAUAAAAGGCAGGUGGCUGAGUUUGCAGGAUCCUUUUGUUAUGUGGUUGUUGAUUUCGCCGUCUUGCUAUAAUAGUAGCUAACCUGAAGAUGCAUGAAGACCUAUGAUUUUAUGGGAUGUAUUGUAUCAUAAUUUUGAAAUUACAAAAAGAUUAAUUUAGGGAAUUAGUUCAUCUUGUACAUAGUAGUCACAGUGCUAGAAUUUGUGUAAAGGAAUAGUCUGGAUUACUUGGCCUAUUUGUUGUAACUAUAUAUACUUAAACUUCAACCUAAUGCCCGGAAGUAGUACUUAGAUCGUGGUUUGGGUUGAACUUUAGCUUAAGCGUCAUACAUUAAGUUUUUGGGUUCCCCAGUGAUGUUCUUAAUUUCCCCUCUCA